UGGUUAGCUAGGUCACUAGUCAUUGAUAUCCGGUUUCAGAACUCACAGUUAUGAACAGGUACGGUCGAUCUCCACCAAGAAUCGAUGGGAUGGUAUCGUUGAAAGUUGAUAACCUGGCAUAUAGAACAACUAUUGAUGACUUGCGAAGAGUUUUCAGCCGAUUCGGUGAAGUUGGUGAUAUCUACAUACCUAGAGAUCCCUAUACUUUCGAGAGUCGAGGAUUUGCUUUCGUUCGAUACUGCACUGACCGCGAGGCUGACUGUGCCAUACGCGGUAUGGAUGGCCAUAAGGUAGAUGGGAGAGAAGUCCGAGUCCAAAGAGCAAAAUAUGGCCGACCAACUCCAAACCGUAGAAGCUAAUAUCCUGCCGAUAUGGAUUGCCUGUAUGCUAUGCUGAUACAUGGGAGAUUGCUGUUGUUCGCAGUGUCAGGCGAGACAGUUUUGACCAGUUAGCUGUUUGCAGAUUUUUAACUCGGAGUUUAGCUGUUAAUCUGGAAACAUAGUUGUGCUGGUGUGCAGUUAAAUCUUUCCGGCAAAGCGGCUGUCUGAUGGUGAGACUAGCAGGUUUUGCUGUGGUGCUGUAGCUGUUCACACAUUGUGUUAUGGGGAUUAGUCGGUGUAGGUCUAAAGGUUGCUCUACAGAGUAACCAAGAUAGCCAAUUCUCAAAGCGUGAACAGAAUUUGCUUGCGGACAUUUGGCGUUGACAACCAAGGUUGUUCAUGCUGGUGGGUGUGUGAGCUGUGGGGGUGGUUACAUGACUGCAGCAGGAUUGCCGAAAAGUGGUGGUUCUAACCCCGUUCUUCGGGCCUAGAUUCUGGUUAUCCUGAUGCGUACGAAGUUUCUGUGAAAAGUCCUAGAACUCUUCUUCAAGUGACUUACUGGUUUUUGGAAUUUCGAACACUCAAGUAUUGUUGGUUACUAGUUUGGAAAUGGUUCCUGUUGCUCUUUGGUUUUAUUGAUACCUGAAACUUGAUUACUUAGUUCCGUUUAAUAUCUGCUAAUCGAAUUAUCCUCCGGAAGGCCACUUUACUUAAUGUUCAAUUCGCUGUGUUUCUCUCCUGCUUUACAUUUUUGUAUCGCACAAAGAUUCAGUGUUUUUGUAAUGAAUUCUUAUUUGAAUAAAGGAUUGUUUCUGUAGGUUAGUAAUCGCUUGACCCAUGAAUGUAGAACCAAACUAUUAGUUAAUAUGAAAUGCCGCACACCCAGUCUUAUAGUGCCAAAAUAUAACCCAUGGAUGUUAAUUAGUUUAAAACUAUCGAAGCUUUCAGUGGUAGAAGCAAUAUUUUUAAGUUUUAACGUGUAAGUGUGACAUUGACGAAUUAUUUAGGAAAUGGUAACAUUAUUGACAAACACCCAAUUUUUAUUUACAGUUAAAAAUCUACAUAUUAGUCAUCUACUUCUUGUGUGUUUAGAUAAUAAUAAGUGAAAGCAUGUUUUUAUUUAGCGUAAAAUGGUUUGUACGAUCAUAUUUUUAUAAGCUAUCAAGUUAUAUACAGAAACGAAAUUUAUCCUCGUAUAGCUAUUCUUGAUGCAAAAUACAAGCUUGGUGAAUUGGUCAUAGCAAUAUUUCUGAUGAUUGGAUGACCUCUUUAUAUAGCUCUAAUGUAUAUAUGAAGUCACUCAAUCAAGAUAAUAGAAUGAAAGCAUCUCUAAUGAUUAAGUUUUAAAUAAAGUAAAUAAUGUUUAGAUCUGCACUGUAUAGCGUAGUUAGUCUUGAUUUCAAGGUUAAACUCCACAAAAUCUGCCUUUUAACAAAUGGAAAAUUCGUUUAUUGUAAUAAGUUUUAUUUGAAUCUUGUAACCUAAUAAAUAAUUCAGGUACUAUUGAAAUAUAUACAUAUACUUUACAGCAUUAUGAAUAGUUUAGAAAAUGUAAUAAGGCUCUACCUAAUAGUGUACUACAAAAAAGUUGUAAUCGUACAGCAAGUUUAUAAAGUGAGAUCAAACUACGGGCAACAUAAAAAUAUAUAUAUAUAUUUUUUAGAAAAAUAUUUGUCAAUAAAUUCUUUCUUCUUUCUGUAAGUAGGAAUGACCUUAUAGCUUGUUCAAUAAAAAGAAUUUUACUGUACACUAAUUCUAUAUACCGCAACACGUAUAUUAUACCAUAAAUAACAUUCACAGUGAAAUGUUUAUGUAUAUAAAUAUUUAUAUCUUUUAUAAAAUACACCGAUGUAUCAGGAAGAAUUUUACUCAUACGAUGAUUAUGACCAUGGUAAAACUAUAAAUGAAGAAACAACAUUGAAACGAUAGCAAGUAUUUAUAUCUGAGAAUAAUAUUAGAUGUAUACUAUGUUGUUUAUUUAUGUGCUAUUAUGUUUCAACGAUACAUAGAUCCUAGUCUUCUUAUACUAGAUAUAACAUUAAGAACGAAAAUAUUAAUUCUUUUAUUAUAAACAAAUGUUCAUAUGUUAUUUCAUAAAACAUAUACUUAACUUUAUAAAAAUGAAUUAGGCUCUGGUUCAUCUUGUGCAUUACUUUCAUCAACUGAAAUCACAUCAAAAUCACUCUCUCUAUAUAUAAGUGGACAAUAAACAUGUGAAAAUGUCAAACCAACACCAUGUGAAUCAGAAUCAAUUAUUGAAUGAGUACAAGUUUUUGAAUUUGUUAUCGCACUAUUACUGUUUUUACUAGUACUACUAUUAGUACUAUUACUAAUAUUAUCAUUACUUUUAUUAUAAUAAUCUUUAUUAUUAUUAUUAUUACUAUUGCGCAACAUAUUCAGAUUUACACAAUGUAUAAUAUUUUGUUUUGCAUUAUUAAUCAUAUUUUCUUUACACUUAUUAUAAUUCUGAACAUAUUGACCAUGUUGUAAAUUAUUGUUUAAAUUAUGUUCAUUUGUUAUUAAUUGAUUUGAAUGUAAUUGUGAUGUAAUUUGUUUAGUAUUUUGAUUAUUAUCAUUAUUAUUAGUUAAUUGAAAUAUCCAAUUUUUUAUCACUGAAUCAUGUGAAUAAUAAGCACGAAAAGUUUUAUAAAUACAUGAUGGAUUAUUUAA